UAGCAUCGAUUGUGGGGCAACUGUUGCAUACACAGAGGAGGGAAUUGGAAUAACAUACGAACCGGAUGAAGGAUUGAUAGACUAUGGAGAGAUCAUGCAGACAUCUGAGGCACUCACAUACCAAAAUAAUCGACAGUUGUUGAAGAAUGUAAGGAUAUUUCCCAAUGGAACUAGGAAUUGUUACACUUUAAAACCCAACCAAGGCAAGAACAGAACCUACUUGAUUAGGGCAGUAUUUUGGUAUGGGAACUAUGAUGGGAAGAAUCAGGCUCCUUCAUUCGACCUAUAUAUUGAUGUCAAUUAUUGGGCCAAGGUGAACUACUCAAUUUACAGUUAUGAAGAAAUUAUGUAUGUGUCCCAAGCAGACGAUAUACAAGUGUGUCUUGUGAACACCGGCAAUGGAGUGCCCUUCAUUUCGGCGUUGGAACUAAGAAGUCUUGAUGAUGAUAUCUAUCGAUCAGGAUCUGGAUUCUUGCAGCUCAAUCGGCGCCGCGAUGUUGGACGAAGCUUGGAGUUCGAUGUCAGGCACCCUGUCGAUGUUUACGAUCGGAUAUGGACAAUUCGAAACUAUGAAGACGAAUUCAUACUUAACACCACAUCUGCCAUUGAUGUAUCAGACAAUAACAAUGCGUACAAGUAUAAGGUUCCUGGGGAAGUUCUACGGACCGCUCAAAGAACAAUGAGUGCUAGUUCUCCCUUCGAAAUACACUGCACACCUUCAAGCUCCGCACAGAAAUGGAUUAUUUACUUUCAUUUCGUCGAGAUUGAGAGACUGACGAGUGGCCUGCAGAGGGAGUUCACAAUUUCCAUGAAUGACAAUCAAUUCACAGAGACGGUGAGCCUUGACUACUUAAAGCCAGUGGUUGUAGUUUCCACUCCAGUUAACGGGUCGCUCAUCACCUUCUCCAUUAAUUCGACAAAUAAGUCUCGAUAUCCACCGAUCCUCAAUGCCGUGGAGUUCUAUACCGUUGGUGAGCUUUCAAAUGUACCCACAGCACAAGAUGAUGUGAAAGCGAUCAAUGACAUCAAAGUGACGUACCACAUUAAGAGAGAAAGUUGGCAAGGUGAUCCGUGCAUCCCAAGCAAUUACAUAUGGGAUGGUCUAAAUUGUAGCUAUGGAAAUCCUCCAAGGAUUAUAUCGCUAGAUCUGUCCAACAAUGAGCUUACAGGAGCAAUACCAGAAACUCUGGCAGAAUUGCCAAAUCUUAGAUUUUUAGAUUUAAGUGGAAAUGACCUGAUUAAAUCAGUUCCUGAAGCUCUUAAAAAAAGGGUUGUGGACAAUACUUUAAACAUGAGUGGUAGUCGCAAUACUCAUAGCAAGCUAUUUGGUACAGAAUCUAGUGAAGGGACGCUGAGGUUAAAGAAUCGACCUUUUAAGUAUGGGGAGGUUUCAAAAAUCACUAGGAACUUUGGACGGGUGAUUGGAGAAGGUGGAUUUGGAAAGGUGUAUCUUGGUACAUUAGAUAACGGCACCGUAGUUGCUGUGAAGAUGCUCUCUGAAUCAUCAGAGCAAGGGUACAAGGAAUUUCAAGCCGAGGCGCAACUCUUAAUGAUUGUUUACCAUAGAAACUUGGUUUCUUUGUUUGGAUAUUGCAAUGAGUCCAAGCACAUGGCAUUAAUAUAUGAAUAUAUGGCUAAUGGAAAUUUGAGGCAACAUUUAUCAGGGGACCAACCGAAGGUCUUGACAUGGAGUAAUAGACUACAUAUAGCUGUGGAUGCAGCACAAGGUUUGGAUUAUUUGCAUAAUGGUUGCAAGCCACCCAUCAUCCACAGGGACUUGAAGACUACUAACAUCUUGUUAAACGAAGACUUCCACGCCAAAAUAUCUGAUUUUGGCCUUUCAAGAGCUUUUGCAUCUGAAAAUGACUCUCAUGUGUCGACUUGUCCUGCAGGCACUCCUGGCUAUCUCGACCCCGAGUUUCAAUCUUCUGGACAAUUUACCAAGAAGAGUGAUGUUUAUAGUUUCGGAAUCAUACUCUUUGAGUUGAUCACGGGCCAAUUUGCAUCAGUGAGAAGUCGGAAUGGUAGCGCCAGCAUGCACAUACUUCAACGGUUGAUUCCUAUUGUUGAAAGUGGCGAUAUACAAGGGAUUAUGGAUCCAAGGUUACAGGGAGAAUUCGACAUCAACUCGGCUUGGCAAGUAGUGGAGAUUGCCGUGUCUUGUACACGACCAACGGUGAUUCAAAGGCCAGAUAUACAUCAAGUAUUGGUAGAGUUGGAAUCUUUAGUAAGCAAAUCAAGUGGUUCCUUUGAAAUGACCUCCUUGGUUCUCCCAUCUGACAAUGCCCCUACUGCAAGGUAG